UCAACACAAUCAGGAAGGGGAAGUCGUAGACCAGACAUGUAAAACAGCUAAUAUAUUUUUUUGUGCGUUUGUUUUAUUUAAUAGGCCAAGGUUUCAGGCUUCAGGCUUUAUAAGAUGUUUGUCGGGGACGACGAGGACGGAGACUUCUUGUCUCCCACAGGAGGGGCGAAGCUGGCUUCCCUGUUUGGACUAGACCAGGAAACCAGUCAAGGUAAUGAGUCAUUCCAGUACACAGCCCCCAAACAGCCCAGAAAGAGCUCCAACCAAGCGCCAUCCAAUCAGAAGCCAGCACCACCACCUGGAGCUCCUGCAGUGUUAUUUGCUACAGCAGUCCAAGCCUUCAGAUAUAUUAAUGGACAGUAUGUGAAGCAGGGAAAGCUGGGAGCAGCUGUGCUAGGCAAUCAUUCAACAAAAGAGUACAAGCUACUUCUGUACUUAAGCCAACAGAAACAAGUAACUGCUGCCAAGAUUCAUGUGGGCUUUGCUUUCACAGUACAGCAAAGCAAUUACUGCACUUUUUAUGAUGACCAGCGGCAGAACUGGUCCCUGAUGUUUGAAUCAGAGAAAUCAGCUUCCGACUUCUGCAAAGAGGUAUGUUUAGCGAAAGUGAACAGCGCUUCCUCUUUAGAUGUUGUGGUGCUCCAGGAUUUGAGUCUUGGUGAGGGCCAAUCAGUGGAGAAUGGAGACUCUGUGGAGGUGGUGUACACAGGCUGGCUCUUGGAGAACCACACUGUUGGGCAGAUGUUUGACUCCAACCAGAACAAAGACAAGUUGCUACGACUGAAGAUAGGAGCUGGGAAAGUGAUCAAAGGCUGGGAGGAAGGGAUGCUGGGGAUGAAGAAGGCAGGCCGUCGUCUCAUUGUCAUCCCGCCUGAUCUAGCUUACGGAUCUAAGGGAGUCCCUAACCGUGUCCCAGCUAACAGCACUCUCAUCUUUGAAGCCGAGCUUCGACGGGUGAAGUUCUACAAGGACAGUAGCUCUGAUCAGGCCAGUACCAGCUCCAGAGACUCUGCUCCUUCACCAGCCUUCAGUAUGGAAAAUCUGGUCCCAGAUCCCUCUGUACAGACACCCAUCUCAGGUUCAGGAAGACCAGGGGAGCCACCACUUCGUGCAAAGUCAAACUCUCUGAGUGAGCAGCUGGCAAAUCCAGAUGCCACUAAAGCCAAACUGAUUUCUCGUAUGGCAAAGAUGGGCCAGCCAAUGCUGCCUUUUCUGACAGGAGCAGCAAGCCAGCCUGAAUCCAGUGACUCUGAGCUUGAGGACACCAGUGGUAGCAGAGCAAAGGAUAACCCUGUAGUUCCAUCUCCAGUACUGACCACUACUGGUGCAGGUGCUGCACAUGUACAUCCUCAUCCUCAUUAUGCUCCAACCUCUGCCUUACUUCCUGUUAUGACCACUGUUACUGCACAGCCUGGACUGCCAACCAGCAGCCAUGCCUUCCAGACACCUGUGACUCCAUCUCCACUGCAUCCUCUGGGCCAGGUCUACCCUGCACCAGCUGCCCCAUACAUGAGCUCUGGGGAUGUGACUUCCUUCUUGAUGACCGAGGCCAGACAGCACAACACAGAGAUUCGCUUAGCUGUUGGAAAAGUAGCCGAUAAAGUGGAUCAGCUGGCUUCAAAGAUUGAUGAUCUUCAAAGGCAGGGUGGUCUUUCCACGGUUGUGUCUACUGUAUCAAUGGAAACCUCCAUGAUCCUGCACAAUAUCCAAAGAAUUGUUCAGGAAAACGAGUGUUUAAAAAAAGAAGUGUUUGAGAAAAGCUCUCGCAUUGAGGAGCAAAACCGUAAGAUUGGAGAUCUCAUCAACCAGAAUCAGAAGUACAUGGAGCAGAGUCAUGUGAUGCUGGAGCAGAGGAAUGACUCCCUCAAGUCAUCCAGUGAACAAAACCAGGCGAGAUUGCUGCAGGCUGAGCAGGACAAGCAUCCUCUGCCUCAGGACCUGGUCUCCGGCCAGGUUCGUCUAACGGAGGAUCUGGCUUCAGCGACGGCACGGGUGUCUAGGCUGCAGCUAGAAGCUUCAGCUCAGCAGCAGAAGGCCACUGAGCUGCAGAGUAAACUGAACUCAGCACUGCAGGACAGUGAGAGCCACUGCCAACGCAUUGCUGCCCUGGAGACACAGCUGGAAGAACUGAAGGAGGCAGCAGAGAGGGUUCAGACUCAGUACCGGUCAGAGAAGCAAAGGCGCAAAGAGACUGAGCUGAAAGUGAAUACCAUAGAAGAGGAGCUGCAGGACCUGAAGACUGACAAAGAGAGUCUAGAACGAGCACUUUCAGAAAGAAAGAAGAAACUGCAGGCAGAGUGUCAGCGCCGGGAUGAGGAGGUGGAGGAGCUGCGCAAGAACAGCCAGCAGGAGCUGGACAAACUUCGAGCUCAGCUUCGCAAGGCCAGGACCAGCAGUGACAACGCUGCAUCAGAACAGUUGUCUCAGCUGCAGGCAGAGCUUGAGCAGGAGUGGAAGGGGAAGUGUUCCCAGAUGUUGGCUUCAGCUAAAGAGCAGCACAGCAGAGAGCUGGCUGAGCUAACAGAGCAGAGAGAGGCUCUGCAGGACAAAUUAAACCAGCUGCAGGAAAAGUAUAUGGUUCUGAAGCAGUUGAGAGACUCGGAAGAACAGCGUCUGAUCCAGAACCACAAGAAUGAAGAGUUGCACACUCUUCAGGAAAAAUACAAAGCCUUGGAGCAGCAGGGAGCAGCUGUAAGGGAGAAGCUGCAAAGAAGAGUGGCUGAACUGGAGCGCAAACUUGAAGAGCAGGAGCAUUCAGGAGACACUGCAGCAGAGGUGAAACGUGUGAUGAACGGAGUGUUUCACUCCCUGCGAGGGGAGUUUGAUCUCACUGAAUCGUAUAGUGGCAAGGCUGUGCUGGGGGUCAUUGUCACUACCAUUAAGAAUGUAACUCUGCAGCUCCUUAGUGGCGAGGAGAGAUCUGCAACAAGACCAAUUAAAAAAGAGGAGGAAAUGGAGGAAGAGGAGGAAAAAAGUGAGAAUGUGAAACAAAAGGCAGAGAAACCUCAUCAGAAUGUGCAUGUGAAUGGAGAGAGGGAGGUCCGAAAGGACGAGAAGGAGGAAGAACAUGUGGCUGAUUUGGAUUCUCAUCAAGUCAGCGACACUUUGGUGGGUCAGGAAGAAGCAGCAGAGAAGGAGACGGAGACAGGAUCUGAGGCAAAGAGAACAAGCCAGCAAGAGCAUUCAGAAAGCACCAAUAUCCAUGCAGUUGCAACAACUGAAAUUGAAUCGCAAGACACAGUAGUAGUGGCAGCAAUAGCAGCACCACAGUGUGAGGUUUCACAGGAAGAAGGGCAGCAGGCUGCUCCUGAAAGCUCUGCAGAAGAAAAAGAUGUCAUCAAGUCUUUAAAUCUGGAUGAACGUUUACCACCUGAGGACGGACAAGAAACUGUGUCAGAAAGAAAUGCUGCAGUGACCAGUGAGGUAGAUGUGGAGAGCAUGGAGGAGAAUGGAGAGCAUGAAGAAGAAAUAAAUGCUGCUUCCCAGAAAGCCUUUGGACCCCCAUCCAACCCACCUCCACCACCGAGUGCACUUCAGAACAGCUCAGGAGAUGACACAAGUCUGACUGGGAGAAUUAGUGAGGAAAAUGGAGAAGAGCCAUUUUUCCAGAACACAACCUCUGCCAACCCCCCUCCAGCACCCAGUGAGGAGGAAGAAGAGGAGGAGAUGAGCCUGAAGGGCCGUCCACCACCUGCUCCUCUAUUUGGUGAUGAUGACGAUGAUGAUGAUCUGGACUGGUUGAACUGAAAUGAAACCAGAACACUAUGAGUCGCUGUCUUUUAAUUUUCAACGCUACAAACAGGUGUAAGAUGUACCAGCUGCCUUUAUAUGGUAGAGCUGUGAAGAUAAAAGAGAAGCCUCAGCUGAUGGACUGGACAGAGGAGUCAGACACCCUGGCUCUGCAGCUCUGUGUUGUACUGGUCACUGACCAGCAGCUGCAGACACCAUCCCAGAAAGCAAAGACCCUGAUUUAUCUUGAAAGCCUGUAAUUAGAGGCAUAUAAUGAAAUACUUUUCUUUACUUAUCUAGUAGCAGUUGUUGAUGCAGUUCAGUCUCAGAUUUUAAUAUGAUCAGUGUAGCACAUUAACUUGCAGGAAUAAAUGAUUUCAGACCGUAUUCUCACAAAGUUUUUAAUAAUUAGUGCACGGCUUUGAAUAUAGAACUUUUACAUAGUUUUGUUAACCUGAUAUUAAUUUCAGAAAAUAAAUGAUAAGAAAAAUGUGGCCUUUAAUGGCUCUCCUGGUGUGUUGUGUGUGCUAAGCAAGUUUUAGUGUAUUAUUUUCAGUCUCAGAUUGGAUAUUUCAGGAACGUAAUACUUAAGUGAAUAUCACCCUUUUAAUUACCCCAAAAGGUUAAUGAUCAGUUGCUAGUUAAAACACAUGGUAUGAUUAUCUCUUUGGUGGGAUGUCUGCCAAUGACCAGUAGGAGGACUUCUAGACCCAAGGAAAGCUAUAUUGUUGCCAUGUAACUGAAGCACCAACAAUGAGCGGACUGCAGAAUGGACCCUCAGUAUUUAUGGCAAUUCAUCUGAAGUCAGAUGAAUUCAGUUCAAACGUCAGAAAAGAAACCUGACAUCAGACUGAACAGUUAUGAAACAUACUCAAAAACCUGAGUAGAUACAUCUAAAAACAUGUAGUACUGAUUAGAAAUAGAAAAUGGUGUGGUCCACUACAGCUUCUGACCGCUAUCAAACAUUAAUUGUCGACCGGAAUUUUAAAAAAAAAGUUUCAAAGUAGUUACUUCCAGUGCGGUAUAAUUU